UGAAAAAAACUUUGACAAAAACUUAAUAAAAAUAUGACGAUUUUUCUUGCUUUAAGUUUGAAAAUACACAAAUAAGACUGAUAAUUGGAUGUAAAUCGUAAGUAGAGACGAUUCAUCAUGCCUUCGGCAAGAAAAGGCGAAGAAAGCGAUCGGAAUUCUGGUUCAAGUGUCGUGACGUUGGAUUUGUCAGGACGGAGUCUAAGGAGGAUAGAGCCACUGCCUGAUGGGAUUUCUCCACAAACCAUUCUCUAUAAUAACAAUAACAUAUCAAGAAUUGAGAAUCUCCAGUUUUUUGCUCACCUACAGCAGCUUUCACUGGCCAAUAAUCACUUGGUUGAGAUGACAGGAAUAUCACAUGCACAGGGGCUGAAGGUGCUUGAUCUGAGCAAUAACAGCAUCAUAACUAUUGAAGAGCUCACACACCUCAGAAGUUUAGAGUGGCUCAACUUAUCAGGAAAUAGCAUCAAGAGAAUUCAAAACUUGGAAAAAAACAUCAAUUUGAAGCACCUUGACCUAUCAGAUAACAGCAUUAUCAAGAUAAGCAACCUUAGAAACCUCACCAAGCUGAAGGUUCUUCUUCUCCAUGGUAACCUGAUAUCAUCACUGAAAAAUGUGGCUGAGAAUGUAGCUGAAUCCAGUAUCGUUACCCUGUCACUGGCUGAGAAUGAAAUAUCUGACUUGAAUGAGCUGUAUUAUUUGCGGUCCCUCACAUCCCUGGAGCAGCUGUCCAUAGCUAGUAACCCAUGUCUCCUGGCCCUUUCAGCCUCCUUUGGAUUCAACUGCAGGCCUUAUAUCUUGUAUAACUGUCCACGACUUCAUAACUUGAAUGGUCAGCUGAUCUCACAUACAGACAGGCUUGAAGCUGACAGGCUGAGAAGAGAUGGAAAAAUGAGAUCAUUUUCUCCAGGACGUCAUUCACAGUUGGUGACAUACCUCAGCCAGACUACACCCUUAAGACCUUCGUCAACAAGGGCACCAGCCACUCCCAAUUUUGAUCGCAUUUCCUCAAGUUCAUCUUCCAUGCCAGACGACGAUCAAAAAUGGUCCAUCCCAGUACUGAAGGACAAGCACUCUAGUGAAGCAAGAGAUUUGGCUUUGGAGGAUGUGUCUGAAUCAGAUGAUCAGCUUGUAUCUGAGUCUUGUUAUGUACCUGUUGAUUCAUCCCAGUUUCCAGGUAUCCAACAUGAUUAUGAUGUCAGAGGGUCUGAAGACUGGUACACGACUGAGGUCAACAGAAGGAGUCACCAUAACAACCAGGAAGAGGAUAGAUCUCUUAGUGUUGAUAGAGGUCUUAUUGGGUUCCCUGUGGAGAGAGAUCCAUAUAUGGAGACUGACAGAAUUGGAGGGCAACCACAAGAUCUGGAAGAUGCUGUGAGUGAUGAGCAGGACAACAAGGCAGAACCACCUCCCAUAAUGACUGAAGAAGAAGCAUUUGGCCUGAUCAACCUUGCCGCUACUAUUAUCCAAGCUCAUGUCAGGGGAUUCCUGGUAAGAUGCAAGAUGCACUUUCAUGAAUAUCGACAGAGGAAUCGAGCUGCUGCUCUGAUACAAGCUACAUGGAAGGGUUACAGAGCGAGAACGUACGACAUGAAGGUGGUCACAGUAAGAAACGAGAUUAGGACUAGAAGACUAACAGCACACAUCAAUCACCUGGCCACCAUGGUUCUACGAUGCCAAGAACAAGCUGCCAAAGACAAACGCACCAUGGCCAAAGCUAUCAAGUCUCUAUGGAACGAACUCGAGAAACAAAACGACAGAAACGUUGACCGGCUCGCUCGAGAGCAGAACAAUGCUGCAAUCACCAUACAGAGGUCAUGGAAAGGUUAUCGAACGAGGAAGAUGUACCCAGUCUCGAAGAAUGCUUCCAUGAUGUCCUUUCAAUCACUUGCAUUGGUCUGCCAAAAUCUCCAGAAACAGGUCAAUCUUAUGAAGACUGAAAUUGAAGAUCUUAAAGCAGAUAAAAGUGGACGUGUUGGUGUUGUUACAAAACCACAACUYGACCGCGUCAAGUCCACCCCAGAAAUACGUAUCACAAGACCUUCCAUAUGUAUCCUCCCAGAAUUCCAACUCGAUACCAACCAACCAAUCAAAUGCGAGCGGAGCGCCGAAGAGUUCCUAAGCGACGAAGAUGCAGAUGUAGAGGUAGAACCACUUACUUUGGGGAAAUAUGACAGCGCUUCAAAUGUUUGUGACACUACGUUCGAGGUGGAAAAGACAAAAGCAGAGUCUAAAGAGGUUGAGUUGGAUGAUUCAGAGACGAAAAAUAGCGACUUGGAAAGCAAUAAGGAUGACGGAAGUAGUGAAGACGUCGAAGAUAAAGUCUACGAGGGGACAGCAUCUAGUUACGAACCACAGAUUUCCGAGACAACACCUGAAAAGGAAGAAAUACAAAAAAGUAUUCCCGUUGGGGAGCAACAAGAAGAAGAGUCUGGUGUAAGCGAAAAGGAUAUUAAAUCUAAUCAGGAAGAUGUGGUUGAAGAUGAAAAGGCAAAUGAAGUUCAUGGGCCCGAUUCUGACAAAGAAAGCGAGGAUGCCCACUUUCAGGAAGAGGAAAAAGAUAUGACGAAGAGUGCUGUCUUUCCUGAGACUAACGAACCAGGGUCGAGUGAGGACGGCUUAUCAGGGCAAGAGAAUUUCGUAACUGUGAAUGCAGGUUUUGUCAAUCAAGGCGAUACCUCGGACGUCGUUCCAGCACACGAAGAUGGCGGAGAAAAAGAUGAGUUAUUAGAAAGUGUAAGUAGUGAGAAAGAGGGAAGUAAAACAGAAAUAGGAGAUGAAGAAGAACAAGGGUUAGUGGAUUCAGCGAAAGAAGAAAAAGAUGAAGCAUCCGAAAGUGUGACGACUUUCACAUCACCACAGACCGAACACCAAAACCCAGAUACAUCUUCUUCGGAUACUUCCCCGAGUCCUUCAUCAAAACCCGAAGGAAUAAUAGGCCGAAAGAAGAAGAAAUUCCUCCUUAGAAGCAGUUCUGCCGACGCCAUGCCGAGGAUACGAGCACUACACUCGGCUCAUUCCCUCGACUCCGAGCAGCUCAGUUCGUCGCUUAACUUCUCGUCACGUCUCGGACAAAGAACAGCGGCACUACUCCUUGAAUUACGCUCCGAGAUUGCAAGCCUAACAGCACGUCAGCUUUCCGAUGACUACUAUGAUGGCCAGGAAUUUGAAAGUGCUACGACCACGGAGUCGUUAAGAACAGACACUGGAGACACCGUUAGUAAUGAUCCCAACGCUGCCACCAUAAAGAACGCGGAUGACAAGCCCUCCAUAAGCAUGAGUGACACUAUUAAAGCGAAUGAAGCCAAGAGUUUGACGUCUUCUGAUAGUGGAAUCUCUUGUCAAGACUUAGAAAGGAAGGAUUCUGAUAUCGCACCAAAGGGAUGUACCGCUGAUAGUGACAUGCGCACUGGAGGUACGAAUCAAGAAUCGAUUGAAAGGACUGACGUAAAAGUUACGACUCAAAGAGAUUCGAUGGAAAAUGUGUCGGAAACCGUUCGGAAAGACGAGUAUUCAGAAAAUCCGAACGAGGUUGGAAGCGAAGAGAAUAAUGAACACAAGGACAUUGAAGUUAGCCAAUCGAAUGAUAGCGUGGCUGACAAGCCUUCUCCAAGGCCGGCAUCAUUUACAAUGCCUGUGUUUGAAGACAUCGAGAAAACCUCAUUUUCUAUAGAUGAUUUUAUGGAAGAUAGUUUAGAACAUGGUAAUGAUGAUGAUGAUUAAAAAUCAUUGAAAUCUUUUGUGAUACAGACUUCUAUACCCUAGCCGUUGCUAGAAUAUUCGCUCACUGUUUUCACUCUGGUGAAUCGGCAGGUCUCGGACUUGUACUUCCAGUUACGAUUACUUCGAGGAAGGCUUCAUAGCGGAUAAGUAAGCGAGACUGGUAUGCCGCAUACCAUAAUACUUUGCGUCUUUGGGGUAACCAUAGGGUAAAACCCACCUAUUUUGAAAACUGAUCAGACAAUGUUGAAAAUACCUCGUUUGAUAUCCAGAUAUAAAAUGAAGUAAAAAAACAAAGAGAUAGAAUCUUGAAGAUGUUUUAAGUAAAUUUCAAAUAUUUCUUCCCAAGUCAAUACAUUUUCUGUAACACCAAACCUUUUGAUGUUCUGAAUGCGCAAAACUAACUCAGAGUGAACUGAUAAUCGAUAUUAUACAGAUAGAAGCAGAA